AACCCAGGUUCUCUGCAAGAGCAGCAGGUACUCUUAACCACUGAGAUAUCUCUCUAGCCCCUGAUCUGACUUCCUUUGCUACUUAAGUUCACAUUCUCAGCUGUCUGGCUGGGAGAGCCUCCUGUCACUGAUAAAGCUCCUAUGAAGUCACAUUUAGUAAAAUAACUGGGCAUCAGUGUGGUAUCCAGCUGAACUGGAAAGGAAGUGGUGGAUAUAUUUGUUUAAUGCAUACUUGGGCAGAAAAGCAGCAGUGACUAAAAAAUCCUUGGCCUCAUAGAGUUUGAAUUCUGUUCAGGAAAGUAGACAUGAUGGAGCUGGAAUCUACAAAGCCAACCAACUCACUGUAGAUAAUGAACAAAUACUUCCCGAGCACUGUGUGUGAGGCACUGAGGAGACUGCAUUGAAUGAAACAGACUCAAUUAGCGUUCAGCAUGACAGAAAAAUCAAACAUUUUGGCAAGUGGGAGAUGGCUCAGCCAGUAAAGGUGCUUACUGCACAAGCCUGGUGACCUGAGUGAGUUCUAUCCAUCAUAAAGAUGGAAGGAGAGAACAGAUUCCAUAAAGUUGUCCUCUGACUUUUACAUACUGUGUCAUGGCCCGUGCCCUCCACAGUAAUAAUACAAAUUUUUAAAAAGAAAUCAGACAUCUCAUGGGUAGUCGCUUAAGCACUUAAUUACAAUUGUAGUAAGCAUCUCAAAGGAGAAAAGGCUAUCUGAAAGGCAUCUCUGAACAAGUGACACACUGACUUCCGAAAAGUGGAGUGGGUAAAGGGACCGUGGCAAGUUGAAGGGACAGAAGGAUUCUGUGUCGAGUGAAGGACAAGUAGGGUAGGCAAAGGCUGGAUCUUGGAGCUGUUUAGAAUUUGGGUUUAUUUUAAUACCUAGUAAGAUCAGUAGAGCUUUGAGGAGCUGUGGAAGCGAUCAACAGUAGCAGCACUGACAGCUCAGCUUUGUGGGGAAGUAGGAGUUGGAUUUUGAAGAGGUGGAGUGUCUGAGGGGAGGGAGUGAAGUAAACCAUCCCCUGGAGGAUCUGCAGUGGGUGGGGAGAAGGGAGAACUGUGGAGAGAAGGGGAGACAUAGGCAGUCACUGCUCCUGCAGCCUCCUGAAUUGGACCACAGCUAAGAGGGCUGAGGAGUCAGACCAAACUGGCCUUGGAUUUGGGCCAGCUAUAUGACCUUGAGCAAUCUAAUCUGCAAAAGUCCACUUCCUUGUGUGUAAACUGAUCAUGACGCUGCUGCACAUCGUCAUCGUGCCAGUUUAGAUGGACUGAGAUACACAAAGUGGUUAGCACAGUGAUGGGUACCUAGUGCGGUGCAUAGUCAAUGCUAAAUCCGUCUACUGCUGUGAUCACUGUUACUUCUAAACAGGGCAGCGGUGCUCACCAUCCCACAAACAUUCAUGGGAUGGUUCCAUGGUGCAGACAUCAGACAUCAGGCUACACAUAGCUGUGCGGGGUAGGCAACCCAGGCAGGCCUGCUCUUGGAACACUUUUGGUCUAUUGCAAAGCACAUAUUGUGGGCAAAUGCUUAAGUAACUUAAGAAUUUCGGGCUGGAAGUAGAUGCCAGGGGUCCACAGGGCCACAUAGAAAAGAAUGACCAGGUUACUUUAAAAUCAAGCAGUUGGGAAUGGUUCCCUGGGGAGGCAGGGAUGGAGCUCAGCUCUGAAAAGAGAAGCAGCAGAACUGGGAGGGAGGGAACAGAGACCAUUCCAGGUUACUUAGCCUUACUGAUCCUCAGUUUCUACACCUAUGAAUGGAGGCCAUUGUGUGAGAACACAGGAACUCAACAGAUGUUUUCACAGUAGGGGCUCACAUAGGGGUUAGUGAGUGCAUGAGGGAGGGACAGCCCAUGAGGCCAGUGAAGAAGGCUGAGGCAGGAGUACACAGACCAUGGAAAGUUGUUGACUUUGACGCAGAGUGUCAUGGGAAAGCUUGGGAGGAUUUCAAGCAAGGAGUAGCAUGGUCUGAGUUAAGAUUUUAGAAGAUUGCUCUGGCUGUUCCGCCCUGCUCUGAGGUAAGCUCUGGGGAUGAUGUCCCAUCAGAAGCACCUGGGAGAGGCUUCUCACUCAGCAGCUCCCAUUCAUGUCUUCAUUUCCUGGUACUUCUUGUGAGUACCCCUCAAGGCACAUAGUAAUGGAUGAACUCGAUAGUUACACAGUGUGAGAGAGGCUUUGAAGGGUGACUUGAAUCAGGAUUAACUUGCCCCAGCGGUGAUAUGAAAGCAGAAGUCUCAUAGGUGGACAUAGAAGGACAUUCUGGAAGACCUGGAGCCCAAAGUGGAAGGAGGUUGGGAAUGAAGGCCUAAGCCAGAAAACAAGAGGAGUGACUGAAGAGCAGUGGGGGCCCAUCACUCAGGACACUGAGCUUCAUUCUUUCUCUGUGAAAUGGUCCCCUGAUCUCCCCAGAACACAGAAGACAACCAGUGGAGUGAAAGUGAACCUGGAUAAGAAACGAUGGUUGAUACCGGCUGCUUAUCUUUACACUCUUCAGAACUUUGCAGAUCCUGCCCCAGCUUCGGGCUUCAGAACGCCACUACCGAGCAAUGGACCUCUCAGGUUUGCCUCUCGCACUCAACCUAGGCAGGUCCAGUCAAAGAGCAUCUUUUUUUCCUGGAUCCAGCGCUUCCGGCUCCGGGGCGGAGACUCCUCCCCUCGCCGUCCCAAUUGUGUUCCCUGGAAGAGCAGCCGGGAUAGGCGAGAAGCCGAACCCUCCUCGCGGCCCCAGGAUCUGCAGUAGGGUGGGACGUCCCUGAAGCUGGAAAGGCCACGAGCCCCACCCUGGCCCCAGCGGAGUUAGUUGUAGCGGCUUCAGCACCAGGGACAGCGCCCCGCCUGCAGCCCUGGUGCUAUGCCAGCGGCAUGGCUGGACGCUCCAGUUCCAUGGCGCUUCUAUUCACUUUUGGCCUCCUCUGGCUGUGCCCAGAGGUGUGGGGUACAGACACAGAGGAGCGGCUGGUGGAGCAUCUCCUGGAUCCUUCCCGCUACAACAAGCUUAUCCGCCCUGCCACCAAUGGCUCUGAGCUGGUGACUGUACAGCUCAUGGUAUCACUGGCCCAGCUCAUCAGUGUGCAUGAGCGGGAGCAGAUCAUGACCACCAAUGUCUGGCUAACGCAGGAGUGGGAGGAUUAUCGCCUUACCUGGAAGCCUGAGGACUUUGACAAUAUGAAGAAAGUUCGGCUCCCUUCCAAACACAUCUGGCUCCCAGAUGUGGUCCUGUACAACAAUGCUGACGGCAUGUAUGAGGUAUCCUUCUAUUCCAAUGCGGUGGUCUCCUACGACGGCAGCAUCUUUUGGCUACCACCUGCUAUUUACAAGAGUGCCUGCAAGAUUGAGGUGAAGCACUUCCCAUUUGACCAGCAGAACUGCACCAUGAAGUUCCGCUCAUGGACCUACGACCGCACCGAGAUUGACCUGGUGCUCAAGAGUGACGUGGCCAGCCUGGAUGACUUCACACCCAGUGGUGAGUGGGACAUCGUGGCGCUGCCAGGCCGGCGCAAUGAGAACCCCGAGGAUUCCACCUAUGUUGACAUCACCUAUGACUUCAUCAUUCGUCGCAAGCCACUCUUCUAUACCAUCAACCUCAUCAUCCCCUGUGUGCUCAUCACCUCGCUGGCCAUCCUCGUCUUCUACCUGCCCUCGGACUGUGGUGAGAAGAUGACGCUGUGCAUCUCCGUGCUGCUGGCGCUCACAGUCUUCCUGCUUCUAAUCUCCAAGAUCGUGCCCCCCACCUCUCUUGAUGUGCCGCUUGUUGGAAAGUACCUCAUGUUCACCAUGGUGCUGGUCACCUUCUCCAUCGUCACCAGUGUGUGUGUGCUCAACGUGCACCACCGCUCACCCACCACACACACCAUGGCACCCUGGGUCAAGGUGGUCUUUCUGGAGAAACUGCCCACUUUGCUCUUCCUGCAGCAGCCACGCCAUCGCUGUGCACGUCAACGCCUGCGCCUGCGGAGGCACCAGGGAGAACGCGAGGGUGCAGGUGCCCUCUUCUUCCGUGAGGGUCCAUCGGCCGACCGGUGCACCUGCUUUGUCAACCCUGGCUUGGCUGGGGCCUUCAGGGCAGAGCCCGCAGCCACCCCGGGCUCAGCACGCUCAGCGCGCUCAUUGGGGCAGUGCAACUGUGGCCUCCAGGAGGCCGUGGAUGGCGUGCGUUUCAUUGCGAACCACAUGCGAAGUGAGGAUGACGACCAGAGCGUGAGGGAAGACUGGAAAUACGUUGCCAUGGUGAUCGACCGCCUGUUCCUGUGGAUUUUUGUUUUCGUCUGUGUCUUUGGCACCAUCGGCAUGUUCCUGCAGCCUCUCUUCCAGAACUAUGCUGCCACUACCUUCCUCCACCCUGACCACUCGGCUCCCAGCUCCAAGUGAGGCCUCACUCAUCUCCAGCUCCUCACCCCUUGAUCCCUGGGGUUCAGUAAUACUGGGUGGAAGAUGGGUCUAUUCCCUGAAUCCACUGGAGCCCUGCUUCACAACCUCCAUCCACAUAUAGCCCAGCAGCCUGGAGGCUGGACCAGCUGCCUCAUGUUCAAGCUGUUCUUCCUCUCCUGAGCUAACUCAGGGAGUAGUGUUGAUGGACAGUACAGGUGAGGGCUGGUAGGUAGAAGCCAGAGAUAUUAGAGCCAUCCAUCUUGAGGAGGGGGCUGGAGAAGGGGCUGAGAAGGAGACAGGAUCAUCUAUGGCCUCCAAGUCAUGGGAGAAGAGGAGGUGGGAGAGAGGCUGACUCUUCAGCCAGGUUGUCUCUUCAGAUGGAACUUGACUGAUACCUGCCCACUUAAGUGAACAGCAACUGGCCUAGGAGUGCCUGCAGUGUCAGGGUAUUCUGCUGAAGGUUUAGCCUGGCCCCACUGUAAGUCUCUGAGGAGCUUCAGCUCAUCCCACAGCCUGUGCCUCAGAGGACUCCAGAGCCCAGACCCAGGCUCCCUUCUGCCAAUGCAGAAUUCUCUGCACCCCUAGCCUUCCCUGACCUUCCUUUCUCCCAUAGGAAAGACUAGGUGUUAAAAGAGCCUCUGUGUUCUGAGCCUUUGGAAGGCUUUGACUAUGUGAGAUGUACAAGCUCAUAGUCCUUUGGAGCUGGAAGAACUUUUACAGUGCUGGGCUCCAAUGAGAGCCAGGUUACACAUGCAGAAACAGACCCACCCAGAAGCUUAGCCCUUUCCUCCCUUCCCUGAAACCCACAGGCCAUUUGAAAGACAUGAGAGAUCUGAGCUGUGCUUCAGUGUCCCUCACUUGUCCAGUAGGUUCAUGGGCAUCUCUGCCAGGUAGCAGGGGAGACUUUGUUUUAGAACAGGAAAUUGAAGGUCGUCUGUAUUAGUCUAGAACCCCCUCAGACCUAGAGCCCUGGGGAAAGCAUUGUGGAGCUCUAAGCAGCACUGGGAAAGGCCUUCUUCCUCUGAAGGGUGGCUCUAGUGCAGGCCUUCCAGCCUCCAGAGCCCUGACAACUGCUGCUGGGGCUGCCCUUGAUUUACUACUUCCCACAAAUGGUUGUCCUCCAAGUUAAUCACAGGGCUAGGAAGGUCAGUGAGCAGCUCUUCCAGCCAUUCUGUGUCCUGUUGAACAUGUCGGAGCAUGGGGGCCCAGAGGUGGACUGCUCACUGAUCUGGAAUAUGGCGCCCUUCUUAGAACCUUUCAGCCUUUGUUCAGUGGGAACAGCAGUGGGCAGUGCUGUGGCUAGGCAGAAAGGACCUGUGUGGGGGGAUGAUCAUUGGGCAGUGCUGUUCUUCCCACUUUGGGUGCAGUCUUUGGGGGCUGAUUACAAUGAGGGGAGGGGUGGUAGCAGGAGGCUACCAUGUGUCAGGACAGGGUGAACCCUGAAGGACCUUAGGAAGCUGUAGAGACUCAGUCCCUGCCACUUUGGGUCCUCUGCCCCUGCCCUUGGUGCUGUCACAUGCCUCCUUCCACAUUGGGCUGUUUCUGGAGAGGUUCAGAGACCUGGUUGGGUGAUGGGCAGCCCUGGGGUAGGAUACAGAUCUGAGGAGGGAGGUGGUGAGCCUGGAUGGGAACCUGAGACAAUGUAGUAUGGCAGUGGCAAUGAAGGAACUGGGAAUUCUCAUCAGUGACCAAGGCCCCAGUGGCCUGGCAACCACCUUUUCCUGAAAAGAUGGCCUGCAGGCUCCCUGCCUGUGUGGAGUCCUGCAAGCCUGGAGCGGCUGGUGCCAGGGCUGUGGAAAGCUGAAAGCAAGGACACAGGAGGGGGCUUUGUGGGGAAGGCUGUCUGGAGGAAAGGGCAGGACCACACAUUUGUAAGGAAAGAGGGCAAUUAGGAGGAAGACUGGCUUCUGUGCCCAGCCUCCGAAACCCCAGUAUCAGUCACUUUCUGCUGUGUCAGACUCUUGAGACACUUUGUCCUGUCUUACAAUCCUGCAGGGAUGCACCUGAGAGACCUGGAGGCAGCAGUAGUUUGUGUUCUGGGUCGUCUCACUGUGGCCUUUGGACAAGUAGAGAAACCUUCUAGGGGGUAAGCAAGGACAUUUAGGGCCUUCUCUGAAUUGUUCCCUGAGCCAGAGUGACAUGGUUCCCAUAGUCAUCCUCUGCUUCCAGGCAGAAGUACCUGGUGUCAGAACAUCUCCCCGAGUCCCACUGGCAUGGGCCAGCCUCCCACUCACCAAACCUGAGCAGCCAAAACAAGUGCCAUUUUGUACUAGUUAUCACAACAGGUCUGGGAAGUCUGUCAGUGCGCUGGUCAUGUGGUUCCCAAGGGAGGGAAGCUCUGGGAAUCUGAGAAUCAUCAGGACACAUCACUCAGCCCACUGUCAGUGCACUCAUCUCCCCACACAUUCCUAGGCGCGCCUUGUCUCCACUGCUGGUCCACCCGAUCUCCAGAUGGACUCAUUUAAAGUUGUUUCCAAAAAUAUCUUGUCACUGUUCUGUUGGGGUCAGGGGGUGGGGAGAAUGCUGGAGGACUUGUACUCAAGGGAGGUCAGAGCAUUGCACAAGUCCAAAUAAAAGGCAAGUGGCAGCAGCACGCUGCCCAAGUGA